CGCCUGAUCGUCGAGUUUUUUCAAUUGACCUCAAAAUACGAAUAAGUGGAAUAGGGGAAAUUGAUUGCGCAUCGGUUGAUAAAAACAGCUCUCCCCACGGCGACGAACUUUUUGAACAUGUGCCAAACCGUGCUGCUCCUGCACCAGUUUCACCUUCCACCUUUUUCUCUCUCGACUCUCUUUCCCCUCUCACUCGUAUUAAUUAUGACGCCUACCUCACCAAGUACCAACGCCUGGCUGCAUCUAGAAGAACUCCGUUCGACAACCCGAGAAGUGAAACGAGAACAAAACAUUAUCUCGUGCUCUCAUUGGCGCGACUGUUACCGAUCAUAUCCGGUUGGCGGCGACUCCUUCGGGCGUCUGUCCGAUCCGAUCCGCACCCCGAUCGGCCCACGGCCGCCUACGUCCGGCCACGGCCGCCUACGCCCGAGCACGCCGAGCGAGAAAGUGGCCGGGGGACGGGAGAGGCAGCGGCCGGGGACGGGCAGACGGCGGCAGUGGCAGCGGAGCAACGGAGACCGGCGGCCGGCGAGACAGGACCGUCUCCAGCCGUUCACUCGAGGACCGUCUUUGUAUGCGUCUCUCCGUGCACUGUGUUUGUCUAAACGUACCCAGUACCGGUGCAGAGACACGCGACAACGUGUGGAGAGACUGAGCGACGUUAGCGACAGCGAGACACGAAAGAAGCCAUACGGUGGGCGACUGCAGGGAUUCCGUCACCGAGGCCGUCCGCCCCGGUCAGCGGCGCCAGUUUCGCCCCCGGUUUGGAGACCGGCCGGACCUCGGCCCGAGGAGCGGCGGCCGCAGUGGAAAGUCGCCCGCCGCCCGCUGUCCGCCCUCCGUCCGUCCACCGCCCGCUGUCCGCCCUCCGUCCGCCCGUCCACCACCCGCUGUCCGCCCGGUCAGCCGGCCCACGCACACCAUGACCCGACUCGGGGCAGCGCCGCUGCUGGCGGCGGUGACGGUGGUGAUGCUGUCCGCCUGCCGCGCGGGACGGAUCUACUUCCCCGGCCCGUCGAUCGGCCCCGCUCCGCCGGCCCUGUGGCAGAGUCUGCACACGCUACGACAGGCGCGCCGGCUCGACGGACAGGACGACGGGGCGCCCGAGCUGCGGGCGGCCGGAGUCCGGAUCGGGCAGAAGUACAGCGACCUGGAGCGGCUGCCACCCCAGCAGCCGGGCGGUGACCAGGUCCCGCCGCUGGGGGACGGAGAGCCGGCAGAUCUGCAGCCGCUGGGACCAGUGGAUAUUCUGGGACCGCUGGAUAUCAGAGACCUGUCUGACAAUGAGCAGACCAGUGCUCCUCGACCGGUGCGGGUCAAUGACGCGGAACAUCAGCAGAGCUCUGAGAACCUGCAGAGUCUGUCACCAUUGCCGAUCAUCCUGGCCGUUGACCCCAAGGAUCCUGAAGGUCCCACGAAUGUACCUGUCGACACGCCAGAGCCUAGAGGCGUCAACUCAAUUGUCGACCUGCAGAACCCAGAGACAUUUGUUUCCUUCGGAAACCGUCAGCCGGACCCAGCGAAUGACGACUUCAGACACCAAACUCCCGACGGUUUUUCCAAUCCCAAUCCAGAUGACGUUAUCACCUUAGACGAAGCCUUUGACAUCAACAAGCCGGCGUUUAUCUCCGGUCUGAUUCCCGAAGGAGUGGUAUUCGCAGCGGCAACUGCGGACGACUUCAGCAACAACGAAGAGGAACUCAGUCCGACGGACGGAGAGGAUCAGCUUCCUCGGCGACCAGAUCUGCAGAGCUCAGCGUCAGUGUUCGACUCGACCUCUGUGGACCGUCCGGAGCCAGAGGGGUCCUUCGACCGACCUCCGUCCGACCGAGACCCGGCCCGCACCCGCCCGGCCACAGUUGCCGUGGCCAGCGGCCCGCUGCGCUCCGACCAGAACCUGCUGAACCUGCUGGUGACCCAGGGCGUCCUGCGGCCCGUCGGUAGGGUGCGGGUCGCGCAGCUCAGGCUGGUCAGCGACACAGAACAGGAGGCGGAGGACGAGAGUGGUGUGUUCUUCGCGCCAGCUAGGUCGGACAACGACGUCGCCGUGGAGCUGGUCGGUGGGGAGGAGCUGUCACAGGCGUUUGACGAAAGGCGCCAAUACAGAGCAGAGUCUAAUCCUGGGCCUACUCUUGAGGCUGACAACACCGAACCUGACAUCCAGCCUGACGAAGAGGAAGGGUGGGAAACAUCAGCCACGAGUGACGACGCACGGGAGCAGGUUUUGGCGAGCAACAUCGUGCCGAUACUGUCAGAGAAGGAAGUCUUCGACCGGCUGGUGACUCCACGGGCCUCCAGUUCCAGCAGCAUCGCCAGCACGGACACCACAUCCCCGCCAGAGGAGUUAGAGGACGUCCCACCGGUCGCAGAGGACGACCAACCGGAGCAGCCCACUGUCACACCAAGAGUCGACUCACUAGCGGCGCGUCUGACCGAGCUGAGCUCUCGGGUCAGCCGACAGGGUACCUGGGGUAGGAGGGUGUCCAACGCGACACCCAGGGGAGGCGCUGACGGUGCCGACAGCGGGAGACGGUACCGGUGGCAGGACGCGCCCAGGAGUGGCUGGCAGCGACGGGACGAUGUCGCAGAGCCAGUGUUUGUCGACACCGCUGCUCUUGAAGCAUCGGAAGAUCUGAACGCCGCUGGGAGCGAGCGCCACGAAGAAUUGGCUGUCCUGGAGGAUAACGAAGACGCGUUGCAAGAGUUGGUGAUGUUAGAUGAGGAGACCAGCGACCAGACUGAAGAAGUGUCAGAAGAUGACGAGAAUAACGGCGAUCGAUCGAAUGCCUUGGUGGAGAAGGAAGAGGACAGGAAGCCAGCGCCCAAAAGCAAACACACCAGGGCUGAAAUUCUUACCGAGCGCACGGCCAGCUUUCGCACAGAAAACAGCACCGAAGACGAGGAGGCGGGACCACCGCAGCUGGUUGGCGAGAUGCACAACUGUCCGGAGCUCGGAGGGAGCGUCACUCUCGAGUGUCGCGUCAAAAACCCGCCGCAACACGACCAGAUCAAGCGGUUCUGGUGGGUGCGGCGCCACUUUGACGACGACCACAACGCGGUGAAGGACGACCUGCUGGCCGUGGGAGGGGUCAGCCUGUACUCGGCCAACAACACCAGCGUCCAACAGGUGGCGGCGUCGCACCAGCGUCUGACGGUGACGGCGGUGACGGCGGCCGACACCGGCCUCUACAUGUGUCAGGUCGGCUGGCGGGACACGCUACAGGAGGUCGAGAUGCUCGUCUUCCUCUGCCAGUGAGACGAUGAGCACUGAGCAGGUCUUCGUGUCCUACAUAGUAGUCAGUGUUCGAGUCAGUGUCAGUGCCUUCGCCUUCUGUGCAGUAAAACGAUAGACUGGUCUUCGUCUGCGACCAGUAUGCUGGUCUUCUGCCAGUGAAGCAAUAUGCUGACCUCCCUAAGCCAGUGAGACAAAAUGUGUCCCUCUUCCAUUAAGAUCGGUUCAAACUACGUUUCACCACGGGAAGAGAGGUUAUUGUUAUGAGAGGGGUCAUUGAACGCCUUCUGAGCCUCUGUCGCGCAGGAGCCGUGCGGAACUGUGUGGUGCUUACAGGAGCCCCGGGAUACCGCGCCGUGGGUUACCUACAGAAAGGGUGACGUCGCGUCUCUCGCAGCCCUGUGAUUUUUACGACUGUUAUCGAGAGGUGAUUUUUGUUUGGAAACUCGCGUGUUGUAAAUAUAGACAUAAAGGACGAUGGAGUGGACGAUGGAACACGGUCAUAGUUGUGGCAUGUUCGGUUUGGAUCUGUAUAUCGUAAGUCGUAACGCAUAACGCUGAUUUUGCGUUUUAUAAUAAUAAACCAUGUAGCACAUCCCGCGUAAGCAAAUAAUUGUGUGACAUAUGUAAGUGUAAAAUGUUAAGCAUUAACAAGCACUGUUAUAUACAGUACAUGCAUUUGAGCAUGCGUCAGGAUGUCAGAUAGUGGACAGUUUUGAAUAGUUGACUGGCAAUCAUGUGAAAAUGGUGAUAGGUCAGCAUCAAAUGUCAAUUGUCACAUGUCAUUCCAGUUUAUAAUAUAAGAUCUAUAAACAUAAUA